AUGGACAUCGAACAGAGGCAAUCGGAUCUCAUCGAUCACUUCGUCAAGCAAGCCUCUGCUGCAUCAAACGCUCCCGCGCUCUUUUCCGUCAUUGUCGAUGCAACUUCUCACCCUUUGCUUUUUGCCUUCUCUGAGAUUCUCGCUCUCCCCAAUGUUCUUCAGCUUGAAGCAACUGAUAAUAAGUCAUACCUUGAUAUGCUUAGGCUGUUUGCACAUGGAAUAUGGAGUGACUAUAAGAGUAAUGCUGACCGUCUUCCACAAUUGACACCUGAUCAGAUCCUAAAGCUUAAGCAACUUACGGUUCUUACACUCGCUGAAACAUACAAGGUAUUACCCUAUGACCAAUUGAUGCAGGAGCUCGAUGUGACAAAUGUUCGCGAGCUUGAAGAUUUUCUGAUUAAUGAGUGCAUGUAUGCGGGAAUAGUCAGAGGGAAGCUGGAUCAAUUGCGGCGAUGCUUUGAGGUCCAAUUUGCAGCAGGUAGGGACUUGAGGCCUGGUCAACUGGGGAGUAUGAUCCAUACCCUCUCCAACUGGUUAUCUACAUCAGAAAAUAUGCUUGUUUCCAUUCAAGAUAAGAUAAAGUGGGCUGAUUCAAUGAGUGAAAAUGACAAGAAGCACCGGAAGGAUGUGGAAGAGAAGGUUGAAGAAGUAAAGAAGUCCCUUUUCAAGGCCGACAUCGACUUCCGAGGGCAUGAGGAGGAGAUCUGCACUGAAUCUGGUGGAGUGAUGGAUUUUGAAGAAGAGCGAAGCCGACCGAAGAGGAGGCGGCAUCCGAUAUCUUGA